AAAGAUAAAAAGCAAAAAAACGGUGGCAGUAACAGUAGUAGCAGGAGCACCAGAGGCAUGGACAAAAGCCGGAACACACGUGAUGAAAGCUAGUACACACAUCACAAAUUAUCAGUGGCUUUCUUUUUUCUUCUCAAGCUCGAGCUGUAUUCACAUCUCUCUCAUUUUUGUCUCGAAGCAAUCAUUCAAAGAAACAGACAACCACCACCGGGUCUUUCACAGUCUCUCUCUCCAUUUCUAUUAAAGCAGAGCUUGCGGGCUGCUUUUCUUUUCUAUCUCUUUUCUCUCUGCUGCUUCUCUCAAAUUCAGGGAUGAACAUGAAGAUGAAUACUGUUGUUCUUUUUCUUCUGUGUCUUUGCCAUGCUUCCAUGGCAACGACUCAGAAACAGGACAAGAAAACUUACAUUGUUCACAUGGCCAAAUCCCAGAUGCCGGCCAGUUUCGAACAACAUGUUCACUGGUACGAUUCGUCUCUCAAAUCGGUUUCCGGUUCAGCUCAAAUGCUUUAUUUCUAUGACAAUGCUAUUCAUGGGUUUUCAACUCGCUUAACCCCUGAAGAAGCUGAGUUACUCGAGAACCAACCUGGGAUUCUCUCUGUGUUGCCCGAGUUAAGAUACGAGUUACACACCACUCGUUCACCUGAGUUUCUCGGACUCGACAAAAGUGCUGAUAUGUUCCCCCAGUCUGACUCAGUUGGUGAUGUCAUUAUUGGUGUUUUGGACACCGGUGUUUGGCCGGAAAGCAAGAGCUUUGCCGAUACGGGACUCGGUCCGGUACCGGCUACUUGGAAAGGCCAGUGUGAAUCGGGUACCAAUUUCACCUCUGCAAAUUGUAACCGGAAAUUAAUUGGCGCUAGAUUCUUCGGGAAUGGCUACGAGGCCACAUUAGGCCCAAUCGAUGAAUCCAAGGAAUCUAAAUCGCCAAGAGACGAUGAUGGCCACGGCACUCACACUGCAUCAACGGCGGGUGGUUCGGUGGUGGAAGGCGCAAGUCUUUUCGGUUAUGCAGCCGGGACGGCGCGUGGAAUGGCUACUCACGCUAGAGUUGCUGUGUACAAGGUUUGCUGGCUUGGCGGUUGCUUUAGUUCUGAUAUUUUAGCCGCCAUGGAUAAGGCCAUUGCAGAUGGCGUUAAUGUUCUUUCAAUGUCACUUGGCGGAGGAAUGUCCGAUUAUUAUAAGGAUAGUGUGGCUAUUGGAGCUUUUGCAGCUAUGGAGAAAGGAAUACUUGUUUCUUGCUCAGCUGGAAAUGCAGGUCCAACUUCUUAUAGUUUAUCAAAUGUAGCUCCUUGGAUAACUACUGUAGGGGCUGGCACUCUGGAUCGUGAUUUCCCUGCUUUUGUUAGUCUUGGCAAUGGAAGAAAUUAUUCUGGAGUGAGUUUAUUUAAAGGAAGUAAUUUGCCUGGAAAGCUUUUACCUUUUGUAUAUGCAGGUAAUGCUAGUAAUUCCACAAAUGGGAAUUUAUGUAUGAUGGAUUCUUUAAUACCAGAAAAAGUUGCAGGCAAGCUAGUGUUAUGUGAUCGUGGAGUUAAUGCUAGAGUUCAAAAAGGAGCUGUAGUGAAAGAAGCUGGUGGUCUGGGGAUGGUUUUAGCUAAUACAGCUGCUAAUGGUGAAGAAUUAGUAGCUGAUGCUCACUUGUUACCAGCUACUUCUGUUGGUCAAAAAAAUGGGGAUUUAAUUAAAAGUUAUCUGUCAUCAGAUUCAAACCCAACUGCUACAAUUCUUUUUGAAGGCACCAAAGUUGGAAUUCAGCCAUCUCCAGUUGUUGCAGCUUUUAGCUCAAGAGGGCCUAAUUCAAUUACACCAGAUAUUCUCAAGCCAGACCUAAUAGCCCCAGGUGUUAACAUUUUAGCAGGAUGGUCUGGUUCAGUUGGUCCUACUGGGCUAUCAACAGAUCCAAGGCGUGUGGAGUUCAACAUUAUUUCAGGAACUUCAAUGUCUUGUCCUCAUGUUAGUGGUCUAGCUGCUCUGCUUAAGGCUGCACAUCCAGAUUGGAGUCCAGCAGCUAUUAGAUCAGCUUUAAUGACUACAGCUUAUGUAGCUUAUAAAAAUGGACAGAAACUGAAAGAUACUGCUAGUGGGAAAGACUCUACUCCGUUUGACCAUGGUGCAGGACAUGUUGAUCCAGUAUCAGCCCUUGAUCCGGGGCUCGUUUACGAUCUAACAUCCGAGGACUACUUAAGUUUCCUCUGCGCGUUAAAUUACACAGCAUCACAAAUCACUAGCCUUGCAAGAAGAAGAUUCAGUUGCGAUUCGAAUAAGAAGUAUAGUUUGAAUGAUUUUAACUAUCCUUCUUUUGCUGUUAACUUUGAUACUACACAAAUGAUCAAUGGUGGUUCUAGUGUUGCUAAAUACACACGAACACUUACCAAUGUGGUUGGUGCGGGGACUUAUAAGGCUUCAAUUUCAGGUCAGCUUACGGGAGUUAAAAUUUCAGUUAAUCCUCAAGUGUUGAACUUUAGCCAAGCAAAGGAGAAGAAAACUUUUACUGUUACUGUAACUGGAAGUUCAUUGCCAAUUAAUACUAACGCGUUUGCUCGUUUAGAGUGGAGUGAUGGGAAACAUGUUGUUGGUAGUCCAAUAGCAGUUAGCUGGACUUAGCCCAAGAAGAAGAAGCAUAUGAAAUAGGAGAAGUUGGGUUUUUAAUUUGCUCCUUCUCGAAGAGAGGAGUGGAUUAGAUAAGUUGUUAGUUUUAAAAUUCUAUGAAUGUCAUAUUAAUUUGUUUAUAUCCAGGAAAUAAUGGAAGGCUGGAUUAGUGUUUGAUGUUGUUCUCUGAGAAAGAAAACAAGAAAAGACCAUGAAAAAGAAAAGGCAAUGUGUGGAGAUGUUUUCUUUCUUAGUGUACAGUUUUAUUUACAUUUUAGUAUUUGUAUUGCUAUGCUUGAUUAGUAGAUUUCUCAAGAUUUCACUUUUUUUGUGUUAAAGAUUUCUCUGAGACAAGUUUAAUUUAAUAUUAAGCUACUUUUA